CCCUGUGGACACAGCUACUGCAUGAACUGUAUUAAAGGUUUCUGGGAUGAAGAGGACGAGAAGAGGAUCUACAGCUGCCCUCAGUGUCGGCAGAGCUUCACCCCGAGGCCCGUCCUGCUGAAAAACACCAUGUUAGCAGCUUUGGUGGAGCAGCUGAAGAAGACUGAAGCUGCUCCUGCUGAUCUCUGCUACGCUGGAGAUGAAGAUGUGGCCUGUGAUGUCUGCACUGGGAGAAAACUGAAAGCUGACAAGUCCUGUCUGCAGUGUCUGGCCUCUUUCUGUGAGAAACACCUCCAGCCUCAUUAUCAAUCAGACACAUUUAAGAAACACCAGCUGGUGGAGCCCUCCAAGAAGCUGCAGGAGAACAUCUGCUCUCGUCACGAAGAGGUGAUGAAGAUGUUCUGCCGCACCGAUCAGCAGUGUAUCUGUUAUCUCUGCUCCGUGGACCAACAUAAAGGCCACGACACAGUGUCAGCUGCAGCAGAGAGAGACGAGAAACAGAGAGAGCUCGAGGGGAGUCGACUAAACAUCCAGCAGAGAAUCCAGGACAGACAGAAAGACGUGAAGCUGCUGCAGCAGGAGGUGGAGGACAUCAACGCCUCCGCUGAUAAAGCAGUGGAGGACAGCGAGAGGAUCUUCACCCAGCUGAUCCGUCUCCUGGAGAAAAGCCGCUCCGACGUGAAGCAGCAGCUCAGAUCGCAGCAGCAAACUGAAGUGAGUCGAGUCAGAGAGCUCGAGGAGGAGCUGCAGCAGGAGAUCAGCGAGCUGCAGAGGAGAGACGCUGAGCUGGAGCAGCUCUCACACACAGACCAUCACACCCAGUUUCUACGCAGCUACACCUCACUGUCAGCACUCAGCGAGUCCACACAGUCAUCCAGCAUCAUCGUCCGUCCUCUGAGGUACUUUGAGGACGUGACAGCAGCUGUGUCAGAAGCCAGAGAUAAACUACAGGACGUUCUGAAGGAGACAUGGACA